UAAUAGUUUAAGUAUCGCACUAUCGUCUGCUCGUUGCAUUACCAAUAAAAUCACACCAAAAUCACCAACGACCACAACAACAACGACACAAACUUCACGAACUAGAAGUUUGACGACUGCAACUACUGUUCGAGAAGGACAUAGACAAGAUAGACAAUAUACUAGACCAGCAGCUACAUAAUCUACCACCGAAUAUGGCUGUCCGCGCGCAGUUCGAGAACUCGAAUGAGGUCGGAGUCUUCUCCACGCUCACAAACUCAUAUGCUCUUGUUGCCGUUGGCGCGAGCGAGAACUUCUACAGCAUCUUCGAAGCCGAGCUCCAAGACGUCAUCCCCAUCUGCCACUGCACCAUCGCCGGCACACGCAUCAUCGGGCGUCUCACAGCCGGAAACCGCAAAGGCCUCCUCGUCCCCACCAGCACGACGGACCAAGAGCUGCAGCACCUGCGCAACAGCAUCCCCGACAGCGUGAAAAUCCAACGCAUCGAAGAGCGUCUCUCGGCUUUGGGGAACGUCAUCGUAUCCAACGACCACGUCGCGCUGGUCCACCCAGACAUUGAGAGAGAGACGGAGGAAAUCAUCGCUGAUGUCCUAGGCGUAGAGGUGUUCCGCCAGACGAUCGCGGAUAAUGUCUUAGUCGGGUCAUACAUGUCGUUAUCGAACCAGGGCGGGCUUGUGCAUCCGAAGACGAGUAUCCAGGAUCAGGAUGAGCUGAGUAGUUUGUUGCAGGUGCCGCUUGUGGCGGGGUCGAUUAAUAGGGGAAGUAGUGUGGUGGGCGCGGGGAUGGUGGUGAAUGAUUGGCUUGCGGUGGCGGGGUUGGAUACUACGGCGACGGAGCUGAGUGUGGUGGAGAGCGUGUUUAGGUUGGGAGAGGGGAUGGCGCCGGGGAUGAUUAAUACGAGUCUUAAGGAUACGAUGGUGGAGUCGUUUUACUGAUCUGGGAGCCGCGGUGCGGGGGAUGAAAAGUUUGGGUUGGGGGUGCUUGGUUUUCUCGUUUUGGUGGGGAGAGGGAUGAAAGGGAUAAAGGGGUGGAUUGAUUACCUUGACCUAUGAGGAUUGGGGCGGUGGUAUUCGUUGGGGAUGCUGAGUUUUGAGCGGUAUUGCUCUGCCCUAGACGGUGUUGGCGUGGAUAGAUAGACGCAUAUCCUGCGCCCGAGAAGAGAAACCUUUUGACCCCGU